CGUUUGUGCUUAGACCUAGCAGCCCACGAGAUUGUGUCGUUGAAUUGUAAGGUGAUAUAUACAAAGGUCGUCUAAAGAAUACAAUAUGGAAUUCAAGGUUGUGAUCAUAUUAACUGCGCUGGCAGCCCUGACAAGUGCCCACCCGGGUACCGUCUUGGACAUUGCAGAAGAGGAUCAUGCCCACAAGCAAGAGGGCGAGACGGGGCAUAAGGUUGAAGGAUCAUACAGCUGGACAUCACCCGAGGGCACGGAAUUCUACGUGAAGUACAUCGCCGACGAACUCGGCUACCGAAUCGUAGAAUCAAACGCCGUUCCCAUCAGCUCGGGGGGCGUGGCCGCCGACGGAAAUCAAGGAUCCUUCAGCGGGGAGGAGGGGGAGGAGAAGGAAGUCUCCUUCGGCGGACAAGGAGGAGGCGAGGGCGAGGGUAAAGAGGCUUAAAGGAUCCUUUAAAAGGAUCUCGAACCGUAGGCUUCAGGCUGUGAAUCUAAGAAUAUUUUAUUUGUUAUAUUCAUCAGUAAUAUUUAUUUAGUUAUAUUCAUAUAUUAAUGGGAUUGAAAUGUACCAAUACUUAAC